UUGCCAUAUGCUUGGUUAAAUCGAAGCGGUCUCUUUAUUGAUUUGAUUCAUUGGUGGAAGUAUAAAUGGCCCCACUUUUGUCAAUCGCCGUGACUUAUGCUGAUUUAGGGCUAGGUGUCGGCUCAUUCACAGAUCUUCCAACAUCUUACUGAAGACUCUCAAACAAUUGUUCUACUUUUGAUAUGAAUGCUCAUUUUCUGGAUAAUCAUAAUAAAGAGAAACGAUGUUGAACGAAAAUUGUAAGUCAUAUGGCGAGUCGUCACCUCUUGUAAAGGACGUUCCGAAAGAUUUGACAACUUCAGGUACCAUGGAAAUAGGUAAAGCUCCACCAACAGACAAACAACCCGUGUACCUUACGUCCGGGUCCUAUGUGGCGAGGCCAAAUCAAGUGUCCACGGUUCUGUUGCACGGUGUACCCAUCGUCAGCCUGUAUAUUGAUGGCAAAGAAAGAUUAUGUCUCGCCCAGAUCUCGAACACACUGCUGAAACAAUACAGUUACAAUGAAAUACACAAUAGGCGGGUAGCUCUUGGCAUAACCUGUGUACAGUGCACCCCAGUUCAGUUAGAAAUUCUAAGGCGGGCAGGAGCAAUGCCCAUCUCUUCUCGACGAUGUGGAAUGAUUACAAUGAGGGAAGCAGAGAGGUUAGUUAAGUCGUUUCUGGAAGAAAACAUCCCGCCAAAGUUACCAGAAAACUUUUCUUUCCAUGUUAAACACGAAUGUGGUUGGGGAUGUGAAGGCUAUUUUGAACCUUCCCGAUACAACAGUUCUAGGGCAAAAUGCAUUAAAUGCAAAGUUUGUAAUAUGUACUUUUCUCCAAACAAAUUUAUAUUUCAUUUUCAUCGGACACAAGAAGCAAAAUAUAGCCAUCCAGAUGCUGCAAAUUUCAAUUCGUGGAGGCGCCACUUGAAGCUUUAUAGUACCUCUGAUGAAGCCAUUGUUCAUGCAUGGGAAGAUGUGAAAGCCAUGUUUAAUGGCGGAAGCAGAAAGAAAAUGCUGUCUACCGAAUCCAGUCCUUCUUACAGUUCGCGUGGAGAAGAACCACCAAAAAAACAAAAACUGUCUGUUGAUUUAGAUGUCCCAAAAGAAGUAUUUCAGUCCCCUUACUCACCUUUUAACUUGUUGUCUCAGCAAAGAAAACCGUUCCAAUUUUCUUCAGUCAAUCAUUCUCCACCAACCACGUAUGCGUUACCAUUUGCAAAGGAGUGCAUGACUGAUGCCACCAAGACCUCUCCUCUCCACCCUCCAUCAUGGCCGGCUUUACAUGGGAUGUUUCCAACUUACAAUCUUCUAUGGAACAACCCGUUUGUUCAGGGUUUUCGAGGUGACUUUCGGGAAUCAAUGAUGGCUUUUAAGGGUAAUCUUUCAAGAAGAAAGGAAGAAAACUUCAAUGACGACGAGUCCUCGUCCUCGGCAGGAAACAGUCCUUGUUACGAUGAUUCCAAUGAGAGAUUUUCAGCUUUUCGUCUGGUCAACCAAACAACAAGAAAAGAUUCAGUUAGCUCCCCAAAGAUAUCGUCCAAUAGUUCUGAUGAUGAAGAAAUAAACAUAACAGAUAUAGUUAAUAAUGAGUCUAUGUCGGACGCAAUAGAUUUAGACUGCAAGUUGGAGGACAAAAUUUCAAAGGAUCUUCAAGACAUGACUGGUAACACUAUAAAAGAACAAGAAACUGAAGAAAAAAAUGAACCUAAAAAGAGGAUGCCUGAGACAAAAAAAGAAACCACAUCAUCAAUAGAUGAAAAUGGUGACAAUAAUUGUCUUACAACAAGUAAUGACAAAUCUCCGUUACCAUCGUUACCAUCUAAUCAACCAGUGGGAAUGACAAAAGAAGAAAUUCAAAAAGAAGUUCAAGCGGAAAUGGAGAUUAGAAGACAGAUGGAAAGAGAAAUCCAAGCCCUCAAAGAGGCUUUAACAAAUGAGCUGGAACAGGAAAGACAAGUGAGGUUUUCAUUACAACAAAAGCUGAAAGAAGCGCACGAUGCACUGCACAAUUUUUCCUGUAAAAUGCUCGCCUCCAGAAAAUGUGACGAAUGUGAAUAUAAAGAAGGCGAACAACCAUUAACAACCAAUAAAGACUCAUAAAGAUAUAUUGUAACAAAACAAAAAAACCCUCAAUUCUAUUGUAAAUUGAAUUUAUGAAAUCCCUCUAUGUGUAGUUUUUAUUUGUGAAUAAUUAUAUAACCAUGUUAUGUAUUUUUUAGAAGCACUUAUAAGGAUGCUAUCGAAAUAUUUUACUUCAUUUAUUUUUAAUAGAAACUUGAAAUAAGAAUUUAUUUUCUUUAGAUUAAAUAGCAAAUAUUUCAGAGUUUAAAUGAAAAUGAAAAUAUAGAAAAUACAAAUUAUGAGUAUAAAGCUUCCUGAUAUUCGAAUUAAAAAAAUAUAUGUACAUCAUUAAAUGGGUAAUUGCAAUUUUAGUUUGUUUUUUUUUUUAUAUUUUACACUAAAAUUGUGAUAAAAAUGUUCAUAUAAUUUGUUAUUCACAUGUUAUUAUUCAUAAUUCAGAAUAAGAUUUUGGAUUUUUACCAGAUUUCAUUGAAUUUCUUUUAUAAAUGUUGUAAAAACUGCUUAGUUUUAAUAAAAACUAUUGAACUUUCA